AUGUUCUGGUUUGUUUCGAUCACAGGUACAAAGGAUGGCUUUGAUGCCACGUUGGAGCAUCUCAUGCGUGAGGUCGGGCUCGAGGAACGCGAGGAUGAUGCGAUCAGAAAAUCUCCAAAGCGAGAGCUUGAAAAUGAUUUUGCCAGGGUCGCCAAGGAACUGGAGGAUGAAACCAUGUUGGCCAAGGAACAUGAGGAAGCUGAGAAAGCCAGCAGAAUGGCGAAGGAAAGGGAGGAAACUGAGAAAGCAAGGUUGGCCAAGGAAAAGGAAGAAGCUGAGAAAGUAAGCAAAAUGAUCAAGCAAAUGGAGGAAGCUGAGAAAGGCAGGUUGGCCAAGGAAAGGGAGGAAGCCGAGAAAGCCAUCAGAAUGGCCAAGGAAAUGGAGCAAGCCAAGCUGGCCAAGGAAAGGGAGGAAACUGAGAAAGCCAGGAUGGCCAAGGAAAUGGAGGAAGCCAAACUGGCCAAGGAAAGGGAGGAAGCUGAGAAAGUCAGGAUGGCCAAGGAAAUGGAGGAAGCCAAGCUGGCCAAGGAAAGGGAGGAAGCUGAGAAAGCCAAGGAAAGGGAGGAAGCCGAGAAAGCCAUCAGAAUGGCGAAGGAAAUGGAGGAAGCCAAGCUGGCCAAGGAAAGGGAGGAAACUGAGAAAGCCAGGAUGGCCAAGGAAAUGGAGGAAGCCAAGCUGGCCAAGGAAAGGGAGGAAGCUGAGAAAGCCAGGAUGGCCAAGGAAAGGGAGGAAGCUGAGAAUGCCAGGUUGGCCAAGGAAAGGGAACAGUUCAGGCUGGCAAGAUUGGCCAAGGACAAGGAGGAGGCCGAACAUAUGAGAUCGGCCAAGGACAAGGCCAAGGAAAAGGAAGACGCUGAUAAAGCCAAGGCUUUGCCGAUGAACGCGACAAAGUUGCAAAAGCUACAGCUCUUGCAGGACAUUAUGGCUACUGGGGAUGAGGGUUGCAAGCAGUUCUGCAAGGAUGAGCUUGCAAAACUGAUCAAGCCGAAGGCAGCAACGCCAGCUCCGGCCCCUACCAGUGAUGCCGAUCCUCCGGCCCCUACCACAACGGGUGCCGAUCCUCCGGCCCCUACCACCAGGGGUGCCGAUCCUCCGGCCGCUACCACCAGGGGUGCCGAUCCUCCGGCCCCUACCACCAGGGGUGCCGUUCCUCCGGCCCCUAAUGCCCCGACCUUUGAUGAUGUCAGUGCGAAGAUGGGUUGGUCAAGUCCUGCAACCCCACGCAUGGUGGAGGCACCUGGUACGCCAUCUCCUGCAACGCCUGGCAGUGCAAUCACAACGCCUGGCAGUGCAAAAACAACGCCUGGCAGUGCAAGCGACGGCUUGGUCCAAGGUUCUGCGCCACUCUACAACCGAAAGAACGCCGCCAUGUUCUUGAAUCGCCUGAAAGGCAACCCAAAGAGGAUGCAAGCCUUGCCUGAUGACUUGGCAAAGUUGGUGCGGGACGAAGAUUCAAAGAGCAAAGCCAUCGACUUGAUCGUCGCUGCAGGAGGAGACGAAAAUGAGCUGGUCGGGCAGUGGACUGCAUCGUCCAUUUCUGUGGGGACGGACAAGGAAAAGGGAAAGAUGAAACCUUUGACGGAACAGGAAUUGAUCGGCAAGUACGGUGCGGUCAAUGCUGCGAAGGUGAUGGAGGAAAAAAGGAAGGCUGGUUUGGAGGUUGAUGAUCCCAAUUGUAAAGGGCUGAAGCUUUACUUGCACAACGAGUGGCAGAGGGAAUGGACGAGAGGCACAGAAGAACGAAGCAGUUUCACUGCUUCCGGAGAAGUUCGUGCGGGUGACGCUGCCAACGUUGCACAAAUUCUCAGUGUGCCCCGGCGGGCGCUGACAGGGCCCGGCCAGGAUGAUGAGGACAAUGUGGACAUGGAGGAGGACCCAAAGCCACUUCCGACCAAAAAACCAAAGAAAGCCAGGAAAAAUGAAGCCAGCGGCAAAGAGAAAGACGAAGACGGUGAAACUGAGCCGGAAGCACCACGAGUGGAGAAACUUACACCGCUGGACAAGGCGGCAGACUUAAGGGGGCGGGCCCUCUCGAAGGCCAACCACGCUGGCUCGAUGCGGAAGCAGUUGAAAGGAGUCAGCUAUGCGACUGAAUGCCUCAAGGAGAUGACCAACUUCGAGCAGGAGUUCCAGGCGAUCUACGACCAGGUGGACAAGCUCAUCUCUGAGCUGGUCCACGAUGAUGGGGUCUAUCUUCCCAUUGCUACCAGAUAUCUCGAUAUCGCGAAGCGUUAUGAGAGGCCCAGCAAGGUAGCAAACAGCUUGAUCCGAGCUGCGAAGGCGACUCCGAAGGAUCCAACCGCGCCCAAAGGAUCGGCUAAAGCCAAGUCCAAGAAGCGCAAAGCCGCGGAGGGACCGCAGAUGACUUUGACUCCGCUGGUGCAGCUUUACUGGCCCAGCGCAUGGGUGCUGGCGAUACCUGUGGCCGAAACAAGCAGAAUAGCAUCUGCCUUCCGGCGAGAUGGGGCAUCUGGACUUGCCCUUUCACAAAUGGCAAGCAGCGAACGGGAGAGGGAUUUCUUCCGCUGGAUGAAGUUACCCAUCCAGCCCCUGCUGGUGGAUUUGCCUGUGUGGAGCAACAUCAAAGAACGCAAGGACAAACAACUGAUAUUUGAGAAAACAGCUUUCUGUCUUCCCAGUGAUGUUCUCUGCGAGCUUUGCAAAAGAUCACUGGUGGAAACCUGUCUUAUUGGACAUUCGCACCUCGGCACGUCAGUAGAUGAAUGGUGGAAGCAAGAACGGGACCAGGUUUACAUACGGGAGAUCUCCCGGAACAAUCCCAACUACCAGGACAUGCUUCCAUUACGCUUUCAUGAGGAUGGUGUACCAACAACUAAGAGCGAAACAUGCAACUUCUGGUCUUGGACCACGCCUUUGGCUAGCCGCGGAAGCGAGAUCUCUCGCUUCUGCAUUGUUGGUGUCACGAACAGUCGUGCCGCGCCCGAAACGAGACGCUGCAUCGCUGACAUCAUCGCUUGGGAUCUUCGAGCACUGGAACGUGGCGUUUUUCCAUCCUGCGACCACAACGACGUUCCGUGGCCAGCUGGCUCAGCGCGAGCCCAAAAGAUUGGCCAAAACAUUGGGAUCCGAGCAUGCUUCUCAUAUUGGGCUGGAGAUAUGGAAGCUCAUGCAAAAUCACACAAUCUUCAGAGGCACUAUAACAAGCCUUCGAUAUGCGAUUGGUGUUGGGCAUCGAGCCGGGACAAACAGCGGACUUUCACAGACUAUUCUUCGUCAGCUCUGUGGCGCUCUACAUGCAGCUACCAUGAGCCGCUGCCACACCAAGAAGAACGAUCUGUUUGGUGCUCAGUCAAGGGCUUCACCAAGCGCCGCCGCCUGUUUGACAGCCUCUAG